UUUUGAAAUUAGCUCCUAAUUUCCCUCUCAAUACUGUUUCUUGAAUUCUUUCUCAAGAGAUUUCCAAUCUAACUUGUUAAUUUAGAUCUUUCAUUCCAUUAACACCCACCAUAUCUUUAUUUGUUCUCAUUGGCUGUUGUAAUUGAGUGAACUAAUCACUUGGGGGUGUUUUUAUUUUUCACUUGUGUGGAGAGGAGAAAAUAAACAAGGAAGUUGAAUGGUGGAGAAAGAGUAAAUCUUGAACACUUUUGUCUCCAAAUAAAGGACUGUUCAUGCUUUGAAAAGUUAAGUUUGCUAUUUCUGAAGUCUGUUCCAGAAAGGGUUUGAAUUCUUUGCAUCAGUCCUGGGAUGAGUUCUACAAAUAUGGUUGGCUUGUGUAGUAACAAUCUUGGAGGUGGAGAGAGAAAGACUGUUAAAUUGGAAUCAGAAUUGGUUGAAAGUUCGAUACGACAAAUGGAAUACUGUGAAGAUUCUACAGCCACUGAGCAGAGUGGCACCACUGUCUUGGAUCAAGAUCAGUCUCCGAUAGAUGAUUCAAGUCUUUGUUCUACAUCGCAAAUAUGUUCAGCACCCCUAUCUCGCCAGUUCUGGAAAGCUGGAAAUUAUGAAGAGGGGCGUGCUACUAAGUCCACCCUUAAAAAAGGCUCUAGUUUCCUGCACAUUCACCCAAAGUUCCUUCACUCAAACGCCACUUCACAUAAAUGGGCAUUUGGUGCCUUGGCAGAGCUUCUUGACAAUGCUGUUGAUGAGAUACAAAAUGGAGCCACCUUUGUUAUUGUAGAUAAAACCCCAAAUCCAAGGAACGGAAGUUCAGCUUUAUUGGUUCAAGAUGAUGGCGGUGGAAUGGACCCAGAAGCCAUACGUCGUUGUAUGAGCUUUGGGUUUUCGGAUAAGAAGUCAGCUUCAACUAUUGGACAGUAUGGAAAUGGUUUUAAGACCAGUUCAAUGAGACUUGGGGCAGAUGUCAUUGUCUUUAGCCGCUGCACAAAGAAUAGGAAAUUGACACAAAGCAUUGGGCUUCUAUCUCAGACAUUUCUGACUCAAGUAGGACUUGACAGAAUAGUGGUUCCUUUGCUUGACUUUGAGUUCAGUGCAGCAGCUAGAAAAUGGAAUUCAUUACAUGGUGAAGAACAUGUUAGGAAUAACCUUUCGUUGUUGUUGCGCUGGUCUCCAUUUGCAACAGAGGCAGAGCUUCUCAAGCAAUUUGAUGACAUUGGUGAUCAUGGCACAAAGGUGAUUGUCUACAAUUUGUGGUUUAAUGAUGAAGGCAGAAUGGAGCUCGACUUUGAGACAGAUUCUGAGGAUAUUCGCCUUUCGGGGGAUGCAAACGAUAAAGAGAAGAGUGGCUCUCGUAUUAAACCAAGCGACCAGCAUCUUGCGAACCGUCUUCGUUACUCACUCCGUGCAUAUUUAUCAGUGCUGUACUUGCGGAUCCCAGACAACUUCUGUAUUCUAUUACGUGGACGGGUUGUUGAAUUCCAUAACAUUGCCAAGGAUCUCAAGUACCCUGAAUUUAUCAUGUAUAAGCCUCAAACUGUUGGAUUCAAAGAGGGUUCAGUCAUUACUACUAUUGGCUUCCUAAAGGAAGCUCCGGUGGUGAAUGUUCAUGGGUUCAAUGUCUACCACAAAAAUCGUUUAAUACUGCCGUUUUGGCAUGUUGUAAGGUACUGUGAUAGUAGAGGCAGAGGAGUUGUUGGUGUUCUAGAAGCAAACUUUAUUCAGCCAACUCAUAAUAAGCAGGACUUCGAGAAAACCCCUCUUUUUCAAAAGCUUGAAGCACGUCUAAAGGAGAUGACAUGGGAAUACUGGGAUUAUCACUGCGGGCUCCUUGGUUACUUUCCAAAGAAAUUUAAACCUCAGGAACCGAUUACUCCUCAGGCUUCAUCUGAAUCUGGACAACAACAUGGCACAUUUAAACAUCAGGCUUCAUCUGAAGCUAGACAACAACACGGCACAUAUAAACCUCAGGCUUCAUCUGAAACUAGACAACAACAUGGCACAUACAAACCUGUUGUCUUGGGUAAUAACUCCCCCAGUGCUGUUGGUUCAAACAUUACAGUACGGGGAACUGUAACACCAGUAUUCCAAAAUAACUCUAAACCAGGAGCUUCAAAAAGGAAAGCAGUUGAUCGUCCAAUAGAACAUGAAAACUUGAAACGGACAGCUGGACUAGUAGCUGAUUUAACUGGUGGUGGCCGAAGUCAAGAAAUUCUGACUCUCACUUCAAGUGGCUUACAAGAUCAAGAGAUUGCCCCCCUUAUUCAAGAGAAUGAAAAGCUCCGCGCACAGUGCUCGGAAUGUGAGAAAAGAGAGGAGGAACUCCAUUCAAAGGUUAAUAAACUUCGGAAGGAGCUAAAAGAAGCACAACGCACCUAUGCGCACUUGCUAGUGGAAUCAAGAUUAUUAGACAAAGUCAAGCCAGAAGACGAUGUAGUUCUUUAAGGAAGUGCCAUCCUUGUACUUUAGUAGUUUUUUGCAAAUGAAUUUUAACCUUAGCUGCUGUUGAUAACAUCUGGUUCCUUUGUCCCCUUGUGGCGGAAUUGUACCACUGGUUCUGCUUUCUUCUUUCUUUUAUGGACCAGAAUGGAAAGGCGGAACCAAAAUUUUCAUAGAUUAGUAUUUGCCCCAUUAAUAA